AUGGCGAAGAGGUGAGAGGUCUGCGUUGGCCACAAUGCUGGCAGCAGCCCAAGACCCGCGGCGGGAGGCGGGCGGACUAGUAGGAAACCCACCAUCCCAGCAGCCAAGGGAGAACUGAGGACACGGCUCUCCUUCCGUAAACACCGCUCAGUCCCCUCCCCUCUGCCGGGAAAGCAGCAUUUCACCCUACGGGGGUGGAGAAAGAGCCCUGCUUUUUGGACCCACUUUCCUCGUUCCCCACGAUUUAAGUUAUGCACCUUGCUUGAUAAUAGCCUGAAAUCCAUUGUUUCCCCGCUUGUCUCUCUUCCAUGCCGACAGAGCUUUGCCGCAUACGGGAUUAAAUCUCUUUCCUCCCCCCCCCUCCCCAGGGAAGUGGAAGCGUCCAGGCAGCUUGCUAAUAGACACCCGAGGACUAUGUAUAACUAAGUGAAGCGGGGGGAGGGAGUUAAAGCCCCGGUGAGAACGGCUGAGUAGCAGCAGGAGCAAAGGGGGGUUAAGGCUGACCCUGCCUGAGGCUCUCUUGGGGUGAGUGCAUCGGGCGGUUUUUUUGAGGGGGGAGGCGGGAAGAAAGCAGGUCCCUUCCAUCUCUUUCGCCUCUUUUCUCGCCUCCCCGGGGGAAUUUAUCUAUAAUCCGGUUCAGCUCCGCAUUCUCUCUCUCCCUCCCCUCCCCGCACUUCAGUUCCCAGUGUGAUGGAAUCUUGGCUUGCAGAGGGAUAUUCCAGAGCUGGAUUCAGCGCGCCUGGGAGGGGGGAGUUCAAGGUGACUUAUUUUCUCUCUGUUUCAAGAUUAAAACAAGCCCUGCCGCUCGAUCCUAUGACCGUCCUUUUGCAAGUGAGCCGUCCUGUUAUUCAGUGCGCUUACACCUGAGUAAUGGCGGUUAGGGCAGUAGGCUUUGCUCCGAGCGGUGGUGGUAAACAACCCCGCUGUCCUCUUGCAGAACCGGCGGCGGGGAGCGCUCGUGGUUUGCAAGCCUUGUUGUGGUUGCGUGUCUUAAACAAAAUAAAAAUAGGCCCCUAAAGUUUCUCCUCUCGUCUCUCCCUUCCCCCCGAUUUUCCUGGGGUGUAUAAUUAAGGAACCGGCAGAUGCAUUUUGUUUUUGUUUUAAGAAAGGAUUGUGUGCUUAACAAAGAAAACAAAACAGAUGUUAGCAGAAGAGGCAACGGCGAAGGGGGUAGAUUGCAGGCUGUGUGUGUGUGUCUGCGUGUUUAAAUGCUUUCCUUGGAAACGCUGCUUUUGUUUUGAUCGGUCAAUGCCAAAGCACUCGUACCUCCGAGUAACUGCCAAAAAUACAUCUGUGGGGAGGGAAUAACUGAAACAGAUGGAGGAAGAGGAGGAGCUUCGGGCAGCUCGCCUAAAUGGGGCCAGGGAGAGCCGCUGUUGCUCGCGCAAAUCUUGCUCGACGGCUGAGCGCUGGCGAUUUCGGGGAGCAAGGCAGGAGAAGGCUGCCAAAUUGUGCAGUCUGAUCCUGUGCGUGUUUAUUCUGAACUAAGCCUCCGCUCGGAUGGCCGAGUUCAGCGUAUGGCCUCUUUUCUUUUUACGUCCUGCAUUUGCAGGCGUCUACAAACUUUCCUGCGCUUCAGCAUUCAUGAGGAUGUCAAAAGAUUAAGAAUCGGGUUGACAUAGGCUGGACUGAUAGGAGGAGUGAAGAUCCUGAAUUGGGAGUGCGGGUAACUACCCCAAAUGAGUGGUUAGACCCAGGGUACAGCAUCACCACCCUGCCCCAGAAAUGUGGUGGUGGUGGUGUUAACAUUUGUAUACUGCCCUUUACCUGUAGACCUCAGGGCGGUUCACAACGUAAAAUUACAAUAUAAAAUACAUAAUUUCCGGAUCAGGAUUACUGUGUUCUGUUUAAUAACACGAGAAUGAACAACACUGUUAGUUUGUGACUGCCAUGAUGAUAGAAUAAAAAUGGCUAAGCAGUUUACAUAAAAGUAAUAAAAGCACAAUAACAUUCAGUGCGAAUUCUUAAAAAGAAGAUAAAAACAAUAUAUGCCUGUAUGUCACAAAUAAAGCUGAAUACUGUACAAGAAAGAAAUAAUUUUUUGUCAGUUUCUAGGAAGCUUGGGUUAAGAGGCAUUUAAAAGUCAUUACUGUCUCCAAUCUUAGUGUUGGAGAAAUAAAAAUGUUCUUUAUUUCUCUGUACUGUAUAUGGGUAAAAUAAAGUGAUAUAGGCAAAAAAGCCCUUUGCGGUAUGUCCUCCACGGCAGAACACUCAAAGGUCUCUUAAACAGAUUUGUGAUUAGCUCAGCAAAGAGCAAUGGGAUGACGGGAUGUGCUAUUAGUGGAUCUAAGCUGAAUUAGCCAAUGUGACAAACCCAAACUAUGCUUACUGGGUCACAAGGCUAGUAGGAAUGGCAGGAGAUGGGAUGAGGCAGGCCUGCUUAUCUGGGGAAACAUAUAUGGGUUAAAAAGAUCAAAAAGCAAGUCAAAUAUCUCUUCCAUCUAAUAGUGAACUCAAGUGGUAACUGGUAACAGCAAUGAAGCAAAACCACAGAGGAGAAUGAAAGUAAUAGACUUCCUCAUACCAAGUCAAACCACCUGGAUGGUCCAUCUAGCUCAGUAUUGUCUACAUCAGCUCACAGAAUCUCUCCCCCAGUUUUGGCAGGGGUCUUUCCCAACCCUAGCCGGAGAUUGAACCUAUCACAGCACUACAACCCUUCAGGAGACCCCUGAAGAAGUACAAAACAACUUUAUACUGGGGUGGGGAGAGAAACUGCCAAAACAGCCCAGUGAAGAUGGAGCAUCCUCAGUAACUUGACAGUGGUGAGUAUAAUUUGGAAACAUAAAAUAGAAGACCAUGGACAGCAUGGAGAGUGGAAUGCAUAGCUGCAAGGGAAAGGCUGGCUGGUUGGAAUUCUGAGGGUUCUUCUCAGGAGGGGAGACCAACAGCAACAUUUUGCUGCUGGUCCCUUACUGAUGACAGCCAGCAAAAUCUUCUGCAUUUUCAUUUUUGCUUGGAAGCAAAUCCCACUGGGUUCAAUGGGCUUUACUCCCAUGUAAGCAUGUUUUGCAAGUUGCUAACGCCAGGAGAGAGAAAUUCCAAACCGAAAAUCUUCAACAAAUGUUGCAACAUUGCAUUUACAGAUUUUUCUUGCGUGAGGUUUUUCUACUCUUACAUUUGCAGAGAAUUACAGCUAUUUUGUUGAAAAUAACAUGUUUGUAUUUUUUCUACUGGGGCCCCCAAGGCAGUGUUGGAUAAACAAUUUAGAUGUAGAAAACAGUACUGUGGGACAGGGAAGGAAGGGUUAAGCCUCCACUCCUCAUGUACUGCUCAGUUCAAAAUAGACACUGCUUUCUUGGGGGGGGGGGGAGGGAGUGUCAGGCGAUCCAGUUACUGAUUACCCACACCUUGUCUGUUGCAGCAGUAAGAAAAACCAAGGAAAGCCCCAGUAAGAACUUAAGCUUAGUAAACUGCAUUAACUGGACAGAAGAACAAAGAAUAUAGGUUAAAAAAUAUACCAGAAUCACCUGUCUAAAAAACCUUGUAAUAUUAUUCAGUGUAGAAUAAGCCUUUUUGCCUGUACAGUCUUUUCCAAGGAGGCUAAUUUGUUUGUCAAAUGAAGUCUCCCGAGUGCCACCAACCAUUAGUGUGUCCCAUUUUUAGAAAGACCCUUUCUGAUAUUUACACGAAUGUAGAUCACCGAAUUGAGUAGUAGACGUUUGAAGUGAAAAUUGCACUUAAUUAUCAGUAGCUGUGGAAUUAUUGCAAUAUGGGAUUAAGGUGCCAAGGGCUGCUGUCCAAUUUCCAUUCACUGGAGGGCCAGAUUAGGUGUGAUGGUGGCAUGGCAAUCACUUUAAAUGUGGGUCAAUUUAAAGUAUGUAUCACAAGUAAGUGUGUGUGUGUGUGUUGUGGUGGGGUAUGAUAUAAAGAGUAAAAACAGUGUACAGGUGAGAACUGCAGAACCCUUCCAUGCCUACUGCUUACUUCCCCCUAGUCUGUAUCCCCUCGAGAUGAUCUGCCCCGCUUUCCAGACCAGGCUCACUUGGUUUAUAUGUACUUGGAGCAGACCUUUCUGUUGGGUCCUUCAUAGCCUUUGCACAGAGGCCCGAUGGAAAUGAAUGGAGGCCACGCUGCAGUAGCUCUGUGGGUGGGUUCUGCUUGAAAUUGAUUGGUUUUUGUCUGCACCAAACAUGAAAGCAUGGAGCGCUGAUUGUUAACAAAGUCAUUGAUUGAAGAGAGGGAAGAGUCGAUUUGACUGGCAGUCCAUUUACCCUAAUGCCCAUGAUGAGCUGUUAAUAACCAGGUCACACUAGAGGCACAGGUCCCAAGAGGAGAAAGAUGAGGACUGGGAGAAUCCCCAUGGGGAGGGCCAAGAGGCAGCCAAAAAUCAGCAAAGGAGUAAGACAUCUGAUCUGGUCAUUAAGUACCAUGGAGAAUUGGCAGGUCAUGGGAAGAACCACAGCUCAAAAGUACAGCACCUGCUUUGACUGCAGAAGGUCCCAGAUUUGAUCCCCAGAAUCUCUAGACAGGCUCCUGACUAAGACCUGGGAGAGCCACUGCAAGUCGGUGUACUGAACUAUAAUGGACCAAUGAGAGUUAUGCAGAGCAUUAGCUACCAACCUUCUGCUCCUUCCCAGUGCGCCCAAAGUAACUGCUUGGAACUCGCUAGAGGCACAGGCUGCUAUAGGAAUAGAUGGAUGAAUAGCAUACAGAGGUACCCAAAACUGAAUUUGUUCAUGGAAAUCUCAAUGUUCGGGCUUAAUGAUCACAGAAUCGGUCUCCUUAUCUUCCCAUGAAGACAAGGCAGCUCCUGCUCAGAAGGUGCAUCACACAAUUCAAUUGCAGGCACUGAUCAUAAAUCUCUUAUUUUCUUUGUCUCCGUCUGUAGACCUGCUGGGCAUCUGGUUAAUGUUCUCAAAUGCACCAAGUGUCGAAAACAUUGCCUCCAAUGAACUGCAUCGGAUUCUGUUUGCGGAACAACUCUUGAGCAGGUAGAAUGGGCAAGCUAGCCCAAGUACAUCUUCUACUGCAGAUGCACGCCGUAGAUAAACAUUAUAACCUUACAGUUGUACCUCGGAAGUCGAACAGAAUCCGUUCUGGAUUUCCGUUCGACUUCCAAAAUGUUCGACUUUCAAAGCGCAGCUUCUGCUUGGCUGCAGGAAGCUCCUGCAGCCAAUUGGAAGCCGUGGAAGCCCCACUGGAUGUUCAGCUUCCAAAAGAACAUUUGAAAACUGGAACAAUCACUUCCGGUUUUCGAUCGCUCGGGAGCUGGAACGUUUGACUCCCAAGGUGUUUGGGAGCUGAGGUACAACUGUACUAUGGUUUGUUAAAUUUUUCUUUCUACAUUAAACGUGGCUUAUUUUUUUAAGUGUCAACCAGGCUUGAUUAGCAUGGUCCAGAUAUUUCAACUGGUGUAAAACAUCUGCCUCCAAACAGAUGUUGGUGAUGGCAAAGUGGUUGGAGUACGUAGCACCAAUAUUGUACAAGUUGCACCAGUUGCCGGUACAUUUCUGGGCACAGUUUAUGGUGGUGCUAUUUACUUAUGUAGUCUGGGACCAGAUUACCUAAAGAAGCGCCUUCACAUGUAUGAAUCUGCCCUUGCCUGAAAAUCGCCUUUGGAGGCCCUUCACAUACAACAGCUAUUGAAGUAAGCAUAAAGGAUGGGGCCUUUUCAGCAGUGGAACCACAGCUGGGGGACGUGUGGCCUCUUCACCACAGGCCUGUGAGCCUGUAAUGACGUAUUUCAGGUUGCUUCCCCCCUCAAACUCUAAGCUGGUUCUUUUGGUGUGAACUGAUGUUGAAAUGUUUUGACUGGUUUUAUUCUUCCAGCAGUUGUUUCAUAUUUUUGAUACCUCUAUGUUCGAUUUAAGUAUAUUGUUGUUUUUCAUGGAAGCUGCCAUAUGAGGACUUUGCUCCUAAGAGAUGGCCUGAAACGAUAUUAAAUAAAUAUAUUGGAGAAACAUGAGUGCUGAUUGCCAUUUCACCGUCCAUUUGAAAGGAAGAACGUGAUGAUGGGCUAGUGAGGCUGUAUUUAGGUUAAGAGCUUAUCCAGUAUAUCUGAUUUUUUUUCUUUAGCGGAAGCUAAACCAUAUCCAGUAUGUGUCUAUUAGGAUGAAUGAAUGAAACUCUUAGAGCUCUUGAUCAUAUGCCUCUCCUUUCUUUUAUUUUGGCCAUGAGUCUUGACUCUAUUUUUAGUCCCUCUCUAGGUCCCUGAUAUAUCCCUGUGUCAAAUUUGCACAGAUUGCAAGUUUGCCCACUACAGUUUUCUGGCCGGUGCUAGCCUUAGCAGUCAGCUAGUAUCUGGUGUUCAAGAUGCUGUACAGAUUGUUCUGAUAGAUCUCUUUAAAAAAAUCUUACUCAAAUCUAAAGUGAUGCCUAUGGGAAUCCAAAGAGUGCUUUGUCAACAAUAAAUUGUUUUUAUAUAUGAAAUUGCUUCAUAUGUAUGUUUUUAAUCGUAGGUGUUAAAUUGCUUUGAGAUGUUUCACAGGAAGUGAUUUAUUUAUUUAAAGAUCAUUUGUUUAUUUAUCAAAUUGGAGUUGGAAGAGACCAUGAGGGUCAUCUAGUCAACCCCCUGUAGUGCAGGCAUCUUUUGCCCAAUGUGGAGCUCAAACCCAUGAGCCUGAGACUAAGAUGCGUUCUUUCUGUUUCUCUGUGCAGUGAUUUGUAGCUUUUGAAAAAAAGGGUUUUGUGUGCUCUAGGGUAGAUGUGUGAAAACACAGGACACCUGAGUUGUGGCUUUCUGCUCUGCAUAUUGCCACAGAUAUUUUAAAGGAAAGCUACAUGCUGUGCAUUCUGUAAUGGUUUUUGUUUCAGAAUAUGGGAUGUUCCUUAAAAGUAAGGGACACCUGGCAGAUUUAUUGACUGUAAACAAGACACCUAACUCUGGCACUUCAUGCAAGUAUAUGUUUGCUGGCUGGUUAGCUAUGAAACAGCUUGAGUCAUUUGAACCAUGUGAAAAUCUAAAUUCCAUUUGGUUGUUUUUAAUGGGAUGAUGACAUAUUUGCUUCCUGUCUUACACGGGUUGACUCAGGUGCAUACCUGGAAAUCUUUUUCGUUGUUGAGCUACCUGAGCCACAUUGAAAAUGAUUGCUGUUCCUUGGCACAGGAAGUGAUUAUAUCCACAUAAUGUGGAGGCAUCCACAUUAUAUCCUGAGAUGCAGAAGCUUCUCACUACUAUCUGUGUGAAGUGUUCGGAGGUGCUCUUUCCAUCACUGGCUCCCCAAAAAUGAGAGCAGGGGCCAAGUGAGCAGCUAUGCUGGAUAGUGGCUUCUCCAAAUCUGUCCUUAUUUUGAACUUUGGCCACAUUCACAACAUAUAUUUAAAUUAGUAUGAUACCACUUUAUACAGUCAUGCCCCCCCAUAAUAAUUAUGGGAGUUGCUGUAUGUUGCAGAAUUGGUAAAGGUAAAGGUAAAGGGACCCCUGACCGUUGGGUCCAGUCGUGGCCGACUCUGGGGUUGUGGCGCUCAUCUCGCUUUAUUGGCUGAGGGAGCCGGCGUACAGCUUCCAGGUCAUGUGGCCAGCAUGACUAAGCCGCUUCUGGCGAACCAGAGCAGCACACAGAAACGCCGUUUACCUUCCUGCCAGAGCAGUACCUAUUUAUCUACUUGCACUUUGACGUGCUUUCAAACUGCUAGGUUGGCAGGAGCAGGGACUAAGCAAUGGAAGCUCACUCCAUGGUGGGGAUUCAAACCGCUGACCUUCUGAUCAGCAAGUCCUAGGUGUUAUGUACUGAAGUUCUCACCCUGGGCCAGCAGGGGGAUACUGUAGAUAGUUAUGCAAAUGAAGGAUCGAAAAGUGACGUUCAGUGAUUGGAUAGUUUUGUAUGCAAAUGAAGGAUUGAAAAGUGACGUUCAGUGAUUGGAUAGUUUUAGAAUGUUGCAACAGUUACAAUUGUUCUGUAGCUCUAUAUAAGCAGGCUGACUAAGCUCCUCAGCCAGUUCUGUUCCAGCUUACAAAAUAAAGUGCUGCUUUGGGGAAAUCGCUGUGUCGUCUGCUAUGUCAACCCACAACUUAACACUAGGCUCUGUGGUUUAACCCACAGCGCCACCCGCGUCCCUUGCAGAAUUGUUAGGAGACCCCUAUUCCCCUCCCAGAGCUACGGUUCCCUGGAAAGAGGGUUUGCUUGUUAAACCGCUCUGGGAAUUGUAGCUCUGUGUGGAGAACAGGGAUCUCCUAGCAAUCCUCUGCAUCCUCAACAAACUACAGUUCCCAGUAUUCUUUGGGGAAGCCAUGGCUGCUGAAAGGUACAGUGCUUUAAAUGUAUAGUGCGAAUGAGCCUUUAGUUAGGCGGUCUUCGAGUGGCCUAUCAAUUAAUUGACUGGUCUUUUGACUGCUUAUUAUUUGAUUGUGGUUAAACAUUGUCAAAUAUUUCAUGAAGCUGAUAACAUUGCUGUGUAGGUGGCAGCUAAACAAAAAAUGCAUUGUGUUGUCCUUUGCUAGCCUGAGUAGGAGUGAGAGCUAUUUGCUUUCAGCACAGCAGCAGUGGGGGGUGGGAGAAACAAAGCCUCUCCUACUGGCCACCUGCUCUGAGUGCCAACAUCUGCAAAGAGAAAAAGGAACAGAAACAUCUCUCAGUCAUUUUAAACAACAAAAAGCCUCAAGGUAACUUGACAGGAUAGAAUGCAAGACAUAAAAGCAAUGUCAGGAAACAAUGCAAAAGGCUCAUUCAGUAACGUGUUUCAUAAGGGCAAGUCCUACCCCCCAGUGUUUGAAAUUCACCAGGCACAUUUUGCACCUGGCUACCAGCCACCUGUGACCUAGUGAAGAUGCCCAGGUACCAAAAUGGCACCUGACAUCUCCGUCAUCUGGAGGUGCAUUCCUGGAGAUCCUUGGAUCUUGACUAUUUUCACACACUAGCAACACAUCCUGUAGAAUUAUAUUAAUGAUAUUUUAUCUGCACAAUCAGAAUGAAUUUCAGGAACCAAAAGGUUGUAUUGAAAAAUAUGACUUUUGAGCCGUCUGGCCCAAAAAUGGCAACUAGGCAUACCGUUUCAGUGACCGUUUCAGUUUAAGGGGCCAUUUGGCACCUAGCUUAUAUAUCUGAGUUUCUAACCCACAACACAACAUAGGAAAACCACCGUAAGAGGCCACAUUAAUUAGCCAAAGGCCUGAGUAAACAAAAAGGACUUGGCCCGGUGCCUAAAGACUGGCAGGGAUGGUGUCAGACAUGUCUCCCUGAGAAGAACAUUCCAUAGAUGGAGUCAACCCUGAAAGGUCCAUUCUCAUGUGGCCACCAUUCACACCUCCUUUGGGUGGGGAACACAGAAGGGCUUCUGUUGAAGACUGCAGGGUUUGGGUUGGUUCAUAUGGAAAGAAGCAGUCCUUGAGGUAUUAUGGUCUUCAGCCCUAUAACUUCCCAAACGUGAGUCUCCAGCUAUUGUUGGACUACAAUUCCCAUCAUCCCUGGUUAGCAGGAUCAGUGGUCAGGGAUGAUGAGAACUGUAGUCCAAAAACAGUUGGAGACCCACAUUUGGGAAACCCUGCUAUAGGGAUUUAAAGGUCAAAGCCAACACUUUGAAUUGAGCCUAGAAACAAAUUGGUAACCAGUGCAGUCAGGCUGGAGUCAAUGUAAUCUAUUCAGGCCUUCUGGUCCCAGUCAGUAACCUAUGACCAGCUAGCCAUGGUUGCUGGAGGAGCCAUGGACGCAUAAGCUGUGGCUUCCAUAUUUCAUUGGACUAGAACGCCCAUGAUUCCUCGCCAUUGGCUAUGCCGGCUGGGACAACGCUUGGAGGGCCACAGUUUCCCCAUCCCCAGACUACCCUCUGCAUAUGAUCUGAGCAUAGGAUUGCAGCAUUAGUGGGUUCCUGAACCUAGGAAGCUGACUUAUACGGAGUCAGGCCAUUGGCCCGUGCAGCACUUCUUCACCAUUGGUCUUCCAGUGGUGGGUUAGGACUUGCUGUUAGGUUGUAGCCUGAUCUAAGGUGGGUUGCAUCAGCAGCAUUACUACCAUAUAAAUCUCCAGGAUUUCAGGUAGGGGUCUUUCGUAGUCCUACCUGGAGGUGCCAAGGGAUGAAACUGGGACCCUCUGCAUGCCAGGGAGGUGCCCCUUUGCCACAGCCCUUUCCUGAUGAUGCUCUUAUCUGUUAAAUUCCUGGGAAGGGUUGAAUUUGAGUUAACUCUCUUUCAAGUGCGACAAUUAUUUCACAAUACACAAGCAGCCCAAUGCCCAACCCUAACUUUGGCAAGCCAUUGUGUUUGCCUUAGCCCUGCCUCUCCCGUCUGCAAAAUAGAUGGAAAAUAAUGUGCUACUUAACAGUUUCGUUACAAGAAUUGCAACAAUAAUGUAUAGACCUUUGCAUCCUUGCGUUACAUAAAUGUUCAGUAUUUAAUCUGGUAACUUCCAGGGGCGGAUCUGUUUUUUUGUUUUGCAGGAGAACUGCAUCUAUCUCCGCACAAUUGUGA